UCCUCCUCUGUUUAACCAAAGUCGUCAGUGUGUAGUGCUUUGUGGUCAAGGAAACAUUCGGAUGAAGUCGUAGGAGAAGGGUUGGACCGUGGCAUAAAACUGGAUAUUCCUCAUGUUUCGUGGAUCGAGGAUUUAUCUCUUUUGAUACUUCGGCGAUGGCUGCAUUGGAACGAUACGAUCAUGUGUGGAUUGUACUUUCCGUUCUGCUUUGUUUCUGUGGAUGGUCCGUUGCACAGAUAUCCUACUCUGUUUCCGAAGAGGUGGACAAAGGAACCGUAGUCGGGAACCUCGCCAAAGAUUUAAACCUCAUUCUCCAGCAAUUACAAUCCAGGAAUCUUGAAAUCAAUUCGGGUUACAAAACUCAGCAUUUUCAGGUUGAUUUGAAAAGUGGAUAUCUAUAUGUUAACGAGAGGAUAGACCGAGAGGAGCUUUGUCCCAACACGGUAAAGUGCUCUUUAAACGUAGAGGCCAUGUUAAGUCAUCCGCGAGAUCUUCGUAGAAUAGAAAUUGAUAUUCUCGAUGUAAAUGAUAAUUCACCAUAUUUCAUGGAGGAGGACAAGAUAAUUGAUCUGACUGAGUCGUCAUAUCCCGGGGAGAGGUAUCCAUUGCCAACUGCUCAUGAUGUUGAUAUAGGUAGUAACACUGUAAAGGCGUAUAAAUUGACCCCCAACGAACAUUUUUCUUUAGAUGUUCAAAGCAGUGGAGAUAGCAGUCUGUCUGCUGAGUUGGUUUUGCAGAAAUCAUUAGACAGAGAGAAACAGGCCGUAAUCACACUGACUCUGACCGCUGUAGACGGUGGUAAACCUCCCAGAUCGGGGACAUUGCAAAUAACCGUUAACGUAAUGGACGUGAAUGACAACACUCCCGUGUUUAGUCAAUCCCUCUACAAAGCGCAGAUUGUUGAGAAUGCUGAAAUAGGAGCCACGUUAUUAACUCUCAGCGCUACUGACCUGGAUGACGGGGUGAAUAGUGAGCUUCUCUACUCGUUUGCAGCAAAGGGGCGCGUAGACCCCAGUGAUAAAUUCUCCCUCAACGAAGAGACCGGUGUUAUCACAGUAAAAUCAAACAUUGAUUUUGAGGAAAGUCAAGCUUAUGAUAUUCGUGUCGAAGCAAAAGAUAAAGGUACGCCUCCUCGUAUUGGACAUGGCAAGGUUGUGGUCGAGGUGAUCGACAUAAAUGAUAAUUUACCGGAAAUAAUUGUCUCAUCUCUUAUGAAUCAGGUUAAAGAAGACGCUGAAUUAGGUACAGUCGUGGCUUUGGUAACUGUGACAGAUAGAGACGGAGGCAAAAAUGGCCAUGCAAAUUGUAGAAUUACUGGCUCUGUUCCUUUUAAACUGAAGUCAAACUAUAAGAAUUACUACUCUUUGUUGGUUGACGGUGCUCUUGAUAGAGAGAGCGUUUCUCAGUAUGACGUCACAAUCACUGCUACGGACGAGGGGUCUCCACCUCUCUCUAGUACCAAUGUGAUCACCGUCCACGUUUCUGAUGUUAAUGACAAUCCACCGCGUUUUCCUCAUCCGGUCAUAAAUGUUUACGUGAAAGAAAACAGCCUGACGGAUCAAGUCAUUCAUACAGUAACCGCUACUGACGCAGAUUUAGGAGAGAAAGCAAAAAUAACGUACACUAUAAUUAAUGAAGUGUCCAUGCCUGUGUUAUCAAUGGUUAAUAUCAACUCAGAUACUGGUGAAAUAGUUUGCCUUCAGUCUUUUAAUUAUGAAGAAAAAAAAACAUUUCAGUUCAAAGUUCAAGGCAUCGAUUCUGGUGUUCCUUCACUGAGCAGUAACGCCACUGUUAACGUUUUCAUCCUUGAUGAGAAUGACAAUAGUCCCGGGAUUUUAGCCCCCUAUUCUGAACACGGAUCCGUUAACAGUGAGAACAUUCCCUACUCUGCUGAAGCGGGAUACUUUGUGGCUAAAAUCAGGGCCGUAGACGCAGACUCUGGUUACAAUGCACUGCUUUCUUAUCACAUCUCUGAACCCAAAGGAACCAAUCUCUUUCGGAUCGGAACCAGCACCGGUGAAAUCAGGACUAAGAGACGGAUGAGUGACAAUGACCUGAAAACUCACCCGUUGGUGGUGUUGGUUUGCGAUAACGGAGAGCCCUCUCUGACAGCUACUGUGUCUAUUGAUGUCGUUGUGGUUGAAAACACAGGAGACCUUCAGACUCAGUUCAGACACGUGCCGCUAAAGGAGGACAGCUUCUCUGCUUUAAACCUGUAUUUGCUGAUCGCCAUUGCGUCGGUGUCAGUGAUCUUUCUACUGAGUCUCAUCAGUUUAAUAGCAGUCAAAUGCCACCGGACAGACAACAGUUUCAGCAGGUACAGCGCCCCAAUGAUCACCACCCACCCUGACGGGAGCUGGUCUUACUCUAAAUCUACUCAGCAGUAUGACGUGUGUUUCAGCUCAGACACACUGAAGAGUGACGUAGUAGUGUUCCCUCCUCAAUUCCCGCCUGUUGAUGGAGAACUGAUCAGUAUAAACGGAGGAGACACUUUAAGCAGAACUCAGACUUUGCCCAAUCACGAGAAGGUAAGAAUAAAACACAUCAUAUUAUACGUCACAACUUUUUCUUUUCUUUUCUCAACUACCCCUCAUCAAUGAUGACCACGAAAGCAC